GUUCAAAAUUUUCAGCUCACUUGGGCCAUCUGUUGAUACCGACGAAUCGGAAUUACUUUAAACGUGUAAAGUUCAAGGCUAUAAAAAGAGCUGCUGGAGCUGUAGCCUGCAAACAGUAGCAUGGGGAAUCAACAAGGUCGCUCGAUGGGCGGCAAGCUAACGAAAAAGGAUGUAGAGAGACUACAAAGACGCUUCCAGCGCCUUGCCAACAACACGGGCAAGGUGCAGAUAGCCACAUUCCAGACGAUGGUGGAGCUCGGGGGAAACCCAUUCGUACCGCACCUCUUCAAGCUGUUCGACUCGUCAGGCGACGGGAGCCUCAACCUGGAGGAGUUUACGCGGGCCCUCGAGUACUUUGGGCAGCUGGACAAUGAGGAGGAGCAGUACAAGUUCGCGUUCCGCAUCUACGACCAGGACGGUGACGGCUUCAUCUCCAGCGAGGAGCUGUUCAACGUGCUGCAGACGCUCAUGGGCGCGGCGGUGCCGGACUCGCAGCUGGAGCAGGUGGUAUACAACACGAUGAGCGAGUUCGACCGCGACGGCGACAACAAACUGGACAUGCAAGAGUUCAAGGCGCUGCUGUCGCGCGACGACCUCGCAAACAAAUUCUCCAUGAGCAUGUAGCGCAAGAGCAGGUGAAGCGCGUGAUGAGCUAAUCCACGCCAACUACGAGGGAUGGCGAACAAAAAUGGGCUAGCGGCUGAACGCGGACAGCACCGCGGACUACAACAAGAAGUGAGCGGCUGUAGGAGCUGCUGGCGAGCGGGCGCUCAGGACGCUCCCAUCACCAGCAGCAGCAGCAGCAGCAGCAGCAGCAGCAGCGAUAGCGGCCCUGGGCCCAGCGGUUGCGGCGUGCAUGUGCGUAGCGGAGGGGGCGAGCAAGGCCACGCGGAGGAGGAGAGCGCGGCGCCGCCCAAGAAGCGGCGCCAGCGCACAGGUGGAGGCCGGCCGGUGUCUAGUUAGGGUCUUUGCUGGCGAGCAUUGCACCGCACAGUAUGUGGUAGGCCGCAGCAGUGAGGAGUGUUGUGGCUGGAGGAUUCCCUGCUUGUUUGACUGAUUGCUGGCUGUGCUUGACAGCGGGGCGUGGCUGGACGCAUGGCGGGCCGUGCCUGUACGAACCGACCCCGGCUACAGUAUGUCGGGGAGAUGAGGUAGACGCUCGCGGUCUCAGACUACAGACGUGGCGUGGGCGCAGCCCACUGCUCCCUUGCGAGGAGAAACCACAUAUCGUGCCCCCAUGGCCAGAUCCAAUUCACGCAGGUGAGCGCCGUUGCGGAUGAUGGAGACGCGCAGCCUGUGCCGGGCGUGGCGCCGCAAAGUGCCUGGCGGUGCCCAGCAGCGUGCUCGUCUGUGUGCAUAUGGCCGUGGCGGCCGCGGAUUGCAGGGUGCCGCCGGAGGCGCUGGCGGCGGCUGCUGUUGGUGGGCAUCUCGGCCUGUGCAAGUUGCUGUGGAUGGGAGCAAGUGGAGGAUUAGAGCGCUAAGGCGGUUGGGAUGGGCUGAGGCUGGGGCUGGGCUGAUGGCUGAUGGCAAAGGCUAACACUUGUAAGGGGUAUCGUUGUUGUCAUGAUCGUAUAAUUCUAGUGUGUUCGUACACGAUGCUUCUGUUCCCGUCACCCGUCCAGGCAAGCUGUAGGCUGGUGGGAUUUUGACAAUUGCCGUCUACAGCGGGGCUGACAAGAGAUAUAGGCAACUAGGGCCGGGGCUGGCAAUAAAGGUUUAAUUAGUAGAUAGGCGUGUUUGGCUGCGGGCAGCAUCGAGAGCGCGGGCCGGUGGCACGUCUCGUGUGGACGUGUACUCGGCACGGUCCGGGAUGCCACACAAGUAACAUCGUGUGGCGUUCAUGAUCAUGAUGAACAGUCACCAAGACACCACCAACAUUGAGAUUUCGUUUGAAUUGUCGUGGGCACCGCGGUGUCAGGGCUGUAGACACGAGUAAGAACGCAUCGCAUCCGGUGAUCCAUGGGGUAAUGUUGUCCAGGCAAGCCCCGCGGCAUGCUACAACGGAGUGCCCGCCUGCGUCACCGACUUGCAGAGGCUGUGUAACAGUCCUGUAUACUACCAUAAAGUGUUAGAGAGUCUGUAUGAGCAAGUAAUCACAGCCAGGGGGCGGCCUCCAACCUCGAUGCGGCAUGGCCGCAUGGGGUGUGCACUAGGUUGGUUGGCACGCGUGCCCACCACCAAUUUAACGCCAGUCCGGCUCACCCGCUGUGGAGGCAGUGGAGCCACGUGACCCACGUCCAAACAUGCACUCGCGUUUUCCCUCGAUUUGGGCUAGCCCAAGUGCCCAACACUCCGACAAGAAAUGUGCCGUACGGGCCCUGCCGUGCAGGAGGUCUUGGGGGCGGAUAGGGGGCUUCCCCGACGCCAAAAAGGUACCCCUGUCUGCCCCACGCUCACAGUCCAUCCGCACACGGUAUGGUCGCCUGGCGGUCUUGGGCAAGGUCUUGGGCAGGGUAGCCGCAGCGAGGCGCCCAGCGCCGACCAGCGUCGUCAUGUUGCGUCACUCGGCACCAUUCAGGGUACCAGUGCGCACAUUCAGGGCCAAGUGCAGCAGGGAGCUGAGCCAUAAGCCAAAACAACUUGUUGGUGCGAAUAGCUAUACCGUACGAG